CAGGUAGGUAGACAGAAAGGUAGGUAGACAGGUAGACAGACAGGUAGAUAGACAGCCAGGUAGGUAGGUAGGUAGACAGACAGGUAGGUAGGUAGGUAGGUAGGCAGACAGAUAGACAGCCAGGUAGGUAGAUAGACAGGUAGGUAGGUAGGUAGACAGGUAGGUAGACAGACAGGUAGGUAGACAGAAAGGUAGGUAGACAGGUAGACAGACAGGUAGAUAGACAGCCAGGUAGGUAGGUAGGUAGACAGAAAGGUAGGUAGGUAGACAGACAGGUAGAUAGACAGCCAGGUAGGUAGAUAGACAGGUAGGUAGGUAGGUAGACAGGUAGGUAGACAGACAGGUAGGUAGACAGAAAGGUAGGUAGACAGGUAGAUAGACAGCCAGGUAGGUAGGUAGGUAGACAGACAGGUAGGUAGGUAGGUAGGUAGGCAGACAGAUAGACAGACAGGUAGGUAGACAGACAGGUAGGUAGGUAGACGGACAGGUAGGACAUCCAAUCGCUGCACUCGGGCUGAAGGAUAUGAAUGGCCCGGUUGAUCACAGGCCUGCGACGGACACAGAUAGAUGACUGAGAUGUUUUCCGCCCACCCCAUCAGUUGGCUGUUGGUCGUUAAGCCUCCACUCGUUAUCUGCCGACCAGCCCCCCGCACCACCCCUCCCCUCCCAUCCAGUCCUUACACCUUUCUACCAGCAGGAGGGGUGGGCGGCGUCACGGUGAAGCCUGAGUCUAUAUUUGAGCGCGUUAGAGGGUCCCAUUGUAUCUCCAUCAGGAGAACACUCUCUGUUUCACUUGUCACAGUUGUUUUAUGGACUGGAUGACUCAUUUAUUGUUUCACAUUAGGUAGACUGUAUAGUCAGUUUCUUAUUGGCUGUUCUAACUUUUAAUUUCCCUUUGAACGUUUAAGGCUUCUAUUUUUUUCCUAUAAUUGGAACAAAAACAUGAUAAACUAUGUCAGAAAUAGACUACACACGCAAACAGUACUUUGUGUGUGUGAGUGUUUGUGUAUAUGGCCACUGUGUGUGUGUGUGUGUGCGUGUGUGUGUGUGUGUGUGUGUGUGUGCGCGUGUGUGUGGCCACAGUAGGUAUGUGUGUGUGAGUCGUGUGUGUGCGUCGUCAGUGUCAGUGUGCGUGUGUCAAUCCACUGUGCACGCCAACAACAGAACACGUCGUAUUAUAUAGCAGACCAAAAUGUCAACCACGUGACGUUGCUUCUGGCGCAUGGCUGUGGUGGUUAAGCGCGUCUCCUACUAAAUGGCUCCACUGGGAAGCCAGAACACGCCAAACUCGUGACGAGUAGACACAGCGCGCACAGCUCACUUCAAGCGGAGACGGGAGGGAAGAUUCAUGUGUUUUAACUUCAAGGACAUUUGAUCGCACUCUAAUAUUUAUAUAUAGGCCUAAGGGCACGGUUGGUGUCGUUGCCGAUUCUUCGCUGCAGGUUGCUCUAAUUAGGACGGCAUGCUGUCGCCGCUGCGGACCCUGCUCCUCAUCUCGGUGCUGUGCGCGCGGAGCAGCAGCCUGUGUCUGCGCCUCUCCCACCGCGGCUCGGACGUCCUGUGCGCCCGCGAGCACAACCAGGACUUUUCCGGGGACCCGCGGGGCGGCGCGCAGGCUCCAAACUACCUGCCCGCCCCGGACCAAUGGGGCUCUCUUUUCAGGGGCUCGGGGUUCCUCUCCUCCGCCGACUUGAGGGCGAAAAGGAUCUCUAACGGCCAGCCAAACUACAGGAUCCUCAGUCAGACUAAGCUGCGGAGCAAGAUCCUCCAGAACAGCGGUCGGAGCGACCGGAGGAGCAAGUUCACGCUGUCGUUGGACGUGCCGACCAACAUUAUGAACAUCCUUUUCGACAUCGCCAAAGCCAAGAACAUGCGCGCCAAGGCGGCGGACAACGCGCGCCUUUUGGCGCAGAUCGGACGCAAGUGACCGCGCGGCGUCGGUGCCGCACGAACUCAACGCACCGAUGCGGGAAGAUCUUUUGAAAAAGCGACGGCGGUGUUAGAUUUUGACUAACACGGUUAUUAAAUUACAUAUUGCACCCCCAUAUUGACGACUUAAUUUUACUUCCAAAACGUUGGAGUUGAGAGAACGCGUUGAACGGAUGAGGUGUUUCUGAAUCUCUCAGUCUGCAUUGUUUAUCAAAUAGGCCUUAAAGACUUCAUUAUGAAAAUGAAAUAUUGCAUGUAGGCCUAUGUCAAGCUGUCUUAGACUACUUGUGCUGAUUUCAUUUUUAUUAUAAAGAUGUUAAAGAUUUGAUGGGGUGAGAAAAUCGAAUAAAGCCUAUAUUAGCAUAUGAAUUACUUCAAUUUAUAUUUAAAAAAAAAAGCAAACAUGCAAUGACACUAUUAAACAAUUGAGACAUGCAUGCGUGUGUGCGUUUAUCAGAUGUCUGUUAUUUUUGUACUCAAAUGAUUAUUUUACUGAAAUAAAGCAGAUGACAGAAACGA